AUGAACUUCUAUGCAGGUGAUGAUUGCACAUCAUUAGGUGAUGGUAGGCAUGAUGUGGACAUAAUGAAUGUAACUUGUGGUCCAAGUCAUGGAAUAAGCAUUGGUAGUUUGGGAAGAGACAAAUCUGAAGCCUGUGUGAAGAACAUCACAGUGAGAGACUCAGUGAUCAAGCAAUCUGAUAAUGGCCUUAGGAUCAAACCAUGUCAAGGUGGAUCAGGAGCUGUGUCCAAAAUAAACUUCAACAACAUAGAAAUGGACAAAGUUCAACUGCCCCCAGCAGCUGCUCAGGGAGAUGGUGAGGUGAAUUUUGAACCCCCAUUUUGCUGGAAGGCUUAUGGGAUCAUCGAAACACGUGUCACGCGGCCACUGAGGUCCUGUAUGAUGGGUCUAGACGAAAUCUGA